AGUGAAAUAAAACAGUUUGACGCUAAUGGAGAGUAACUCCGCCAUAACGGAUCUCAGCGAUCCCAGAAGACCACAGAAGUUGUCAGAGAUGUUCAGCGAGAUUUACGACAACCAAUGGACGGAAGCGUUUGAGCGCCUCAGUUUGGAAGCCAAGACUGACAUUGAACGAAGCGACUGUGUCAUUACAAAACGGUUACUGGAUAUCAUAAUGGAAUGCUAUGCAUUUUGCAAACGCGAAUCAGAGAAGCAGGGGAAACGUCUGGCGGCUUCUCUGUUGUUCCUGGAUGAUAUAGAGACGGACACAACGACGACAUUGUCUCAGACUACCUCGACUAAGCUCAAUGAGUUCAUCAAAAGUGUUGCUACAGAACUUGCGACAUCUAUUAAAAGGAAAUUUCCCAAUAAAGAAGAGAUUACAUCUCUGCAGAAUUAUCAAGACCGGUGUCUGGAAGUGUGCUGGUAUGCUUGCAUUCAAACGCCUCCAAUGUAUCUUUGUGCAGAUUUUACAGAGUUCAACAGUGAAUGUCACAGAGGGUAUAAAAAUAGUGGAAAGUUUGUAGAUUAUGUUGUCUGGCCAGCAUUAUACAUAGAACAAAAUGGCCCACUUCUCAACAAAGCUGUUGUUGAAGGCUGCAACGAACAGAAGACGACUCAACAGAACGGAAAUAUGAUCUCUAGGAAAAGCGAUUCAUCCCCCACUAUUGAACUCAACAACAACUCUCCUAGUGUUACCUCAACCCCAACUACUGCGGAUAACUUUGAUGGAAAGCAUAUUGCUAGAAUUCAGAUUGGUCCAACAAAAGACAUAGUUAUUGGAAAUGCUAUCAAAAAUGGUAAUAAGUCUGAUAAUGCAGACUCUGUAAUCACCAAAACGCCCCCUUUCUUGUACAGUCUCUCUGCAAAGGAACUUGAAAUAAAGAAAUCUGAGUUAAAAGAAGUUAAAAGCCCUGAAGCUCGACAACAAGACAAUGUAGCAACAACUAACAAAAACGAAUCCCUUAACCUAAAGCUACAAAGGCUCUCCUCGCAGGAACCGACAUUGCAGAGGACUCCUUCAGCCAUUCUAGAUGUGUCCCCUGAGGAACUGGAAGACAGGAAAUCAGCCUUAAAGGAGACAAGGUCCUCCGACUCUCGACAACAACCGACAGAAAUCGGGACAUUCAAUUUCAGUUGAAUUCACCAUUUCUUUAAACGUUAACAUUGCUUAUUCGUAUUUACAGUACAAUAUUAUGUAUUUACAUCUGAGGUUUUUAAAAAAAAAACCACAAAAUGAAUAUCAUAUUUAA